AUGCUCUUUUUACUGAAAUACUGCAACGGUGGCGACCUUGCCGACUACCUGCAAGCCAACAGGCUGCUGAGUGAGAACACGAUCCGUAUCUUCCUGCGGCAGCUUGCUGAGGCCAUGCGAGCAAUUCACGCCAAAGGCAUCGUUCACCGCGACCUCAAGCCGCAGAACAUAUUGCUUACUCACAACGUGGCGUCGCCACGCACGCCCCACCCCGCCGAGAUCACGCUGAAGAUCGCGGACUUCGGCUUCGCAAGGUUUCUCGAAGAGGGCAACAUGGCUGUCACACUUUGCGGCUCCCCAAUGUAUAUGGCACCUGAGGUGAUAAUGUCAUUGAAGUACGACGCUAAAGCGGACCUAUGGAGUUUGGGCACAAUUGUGUACCAGUGCCUUACGGGCAAGGCGCCCUUCCAGGCUACUACUCCGCACGAGCUCAAAGCCUUCUACGAGAACAGCGUCGAUCUGCAGCCCAAAAUGCCAGCGGGCACGAGUCCAGAGUUGUGUAAUCUACUAAUUGGUUUACUGAGACGAAACCCACGCGAACGUAUGCCCUUCGAAGUGUUCUUCAACCAUCCGUUUUUACAACGUCCACGGUCUACUUCUAUUACGAGUUUGGACUCGGAUCUGCCUGACAUAUUGGAGUGCGAUAUGGAGGGCCAAGUCAAUACUAACUGUUACCUUGAGGAGUCGUGGGACAGCCAGGGUAUACAUUAUUUACACUUACUGCUUUUGUUGCAUGGGGGGCAAGUGGUGGAGCGUGCGGUGCAGCGUGCAGCGCGGGCAGUGCGGGGUCGGGUGGAGGGGGGGCGCGCUCGCCCGCCGCCGCGCGCCCUCCGAUGCCCGCGCCGCAGCCCGUUCAGCCGCACACGCUCGCGAACAAAGCGCCCGUCUCCUCCGCGGAAUCGUCGGACACGACGUGGGCGGGGGAAGAGGACUUCGUGGUGGUCGAGGCGACGGACAGCGGGGCGGCGGAGUGCUCGGGGCAGUCGUCGGGCUCCGAGGCGGCGCCGCGGCCGCGCUCGCUGGCGCUGCCGGCCGGCGCCGCGCCCGCGCCCGCCGCCUCUGCACCCCCCGCGCCAGCCGCGCCGCCCGCACUCCCCCGCGCACGCACAACCCGUAGAUUCGCACGCCGCCACAAUACGAAAUCCAGUCAGUCUUACAUCAAAUGUGCCCAGGUCGCAACCAAUCGACGUGCUCCGAUCAAACAACAAUCGAAAUACAACUAAUAUCGGAUCACUUUCUCCGCCUUCUAUGCCGUUCACGAUGGGCACGCCGCCGUCGACGCGGCGCCGCAGCGCAUCGGGCAGCUCACCGCCGCCAUCGCUGUGGCAGGUCUCCCCCACCAACGCCAGCCCCCUCCGCAGAUCAGGAUCGUCGCCGCCGGUGUCGCUGGCGCUGAAGGCGAGCGGCGAGGCGGCGUCGCCGAAGCGCGGCGCGCUGCCCGACGCACUGCUGCGCGGCCUCAAGCUGCACCAGCCCGACCCGCCCGUCUACAUACCCAACCUGCAGGAGGACACCAUACUCGCGGAGGAGCAUAGCAAAGUUUUCUCUCAGUUGAACUUCGUGCUUAUGCUCGCAGAAUUAUUAUCCGAUCUUGCCGUCUCAUGUGGAGCCCCUAUCGCAGCUCUCAUGGACACAUCAGAUGAGCGGUGCGGGUCGAGCGUGCGGCUGGGGCUGCUGGUGCAGGCCAUGCAGGCGCUGGCGGCCGGCCUGCGCCUCGCCGCCGCGCACUACCGCUCGCGCACGCUGCAGCCCACGCCGCAAGUGCGCAACGUCGUAUCUCUGAUGAAUGGCAAGUACAAGUGGAUCGUCAACGAAUCGAGGAGACUACACGAGGCAGGCGUCACACCAGCGAUCUGUGAUAAAAUUCUUUACGAACAUGCAAUUGAACUGUGCCAGAUGGCUGCGAUCGAGGAGCUGUUCGGCGACAUGAAGGAGUGCGAGCGGCGCUACAUGUCGGCGCAGGUGCUGCUGCACUCGCUGGUGCAGCGCCACCCGCUGCACCCGCAGCACCGCACCACGCUCUCCAAGUACCGAGAUGCAGUUCAAAGGCGACUCAAUUGUCUAAAAGGCCCGCGCAAAAUUAUGGAUGUAAAAUUAGAGGCCGGGAUCUCAUAA